UUAAACUACAAAUUUGUUAGUAUCGACAACUAGUCUAAUAUGAACUUGUAUAAAGUGAAGGCAUUUUUACCAAAGUAACUCUUUUGUUUAUCAACUAUAGCAAGUUUGUAAAUCUAUUGGCGGAAAUUUUGAAAUUCAACAAGUUUAUCAUUUCUAUAAGCUGAUUUAGAAAAUGAAAUCAGGAGAAGUUAUUUUAAUACUGGCAGGAGCUUUUCUAUUUUUAUCAUCGACUUUUGUUGUGUUCAAGUUAUGUCAAUAUUUACGCAAUAAGAAAAAUAAAUACAAGAUAGUUGAUAGGACCAUAUGUUGUCCGAUCAAUAAUGAACUCCGAUCCUCACUUCGGACAGUAGAAACUCAAUUACCGGUUGAAAAUCAACCGACAAACAAUUCAUCGCAUUGUUUAAGCAGAAAAGAAAGGACUCCAACAGUUUUAGUUCUUAAUGAAAAUUAUCCAAAGGAAAGAUCAAAUUCUGAGCUGUCGGACAAUGUAUUUCUAGACGAGCCUUGGAACUUUAAACUAAGAGCUUUGUCUCAAAUAGAGUUAAGACAAUAUGAGAGAAGUCAGGAAGCAAUGAAACAUAUAAAAAAAAAAGACAUGAAAGUGCAUAAUUCUGCAAGCGAUUGUUCACGUUCAGAUGUCCCUAGUAAAAAAAAUAGUGAAGUUAGUUUACCGAAUUCUGCAAACAAUUGUUCAUGGUCAGUUGUCCCAAGUAAACUAAAUAGUGAAGUUAAUUUACUGAAUUAUGAUAGUGAUAAAGUUUCAACGGACAGUUUAUUUAGCGACAGUGACAAAUCAAGUAUUUCUAGUAUGGGUUAUACCGAGUGCAAUGAUGAAUAUCUGAGUACUAUUAGACAAAAGUUAGCAUCCAACCGCAAUAAUAAACAUAUUCAGUUAUUAAAAAAAAAAAUAGGAACAAUAACAAUAAAAGCGAAAUUUCAGAACAACACUAAAUCUCUAGAGAUUAAUAUAAUCCGAAUAAUCAUCAAUGAAAAAAUACGAAACUCCAAUCUUAAUUAUUUGGUUUGUUUGAGUAUAAUGCCAGGAAAAUUGCAGACAAAAACCUCAAAGUACGUAAAAGAUUUAAAUGGGUUGAAUUUUAAUGAGCACUUUUUUUUCCAUAAUUUAGAUUUGACACAACUACAUUUGUAUAGUUUAAAAAUUACGUUGAUUAGUUGUAACAUGAUUAAGCAAAAAAAAAUUGUUGCAGAAUCGCUAAGGCAUCUUACUGAUCUUAAACAUGCUGGUGAAACACCCAACAUAUCUUUUGAUCUAUUUUGCCGUUUCAAGUCAAAAGCUUCUAUGGCUUCCUUGCACAUUUCUUUAUGCCACCAAGCAACAAUAUCCAAACUAGAUGUGAUUAUUGGAGAAGCAAAACAACUGCCAAAGUUUUCAAAUACUUAUGUUACUGUUUCAUUAUUUCGUGAAGAAGAGAUUGAAAUAAAAAAUACUUCUACAAAGUACAAUACAAGUGAUCCUUUAUUUAAUCAAUCAAUCGAGUUUGAUAUUCGUACAGACGGUUCUAAUCCUCUUUCGGUUUUUGCAUUGGUUGUUACAGUUAACGAUUUGAAUUUUUUGAGGAAAAACCGUGUUAUUGGUCAUGUAAUAUUUAGUUUGCAUUCUCCACAAAAACAUGCUGCAACGCAUUGGAAUCGCGUACAAACUUUACCCCAUCAAACUCUUUCUGAGUGGCACUCUCUAAUAGAUCCAAAUGAAAUCUGAGUGGCACUCUCUAAAAGAUCUAAAUGAAAUCUGAAUUGCACCCUGAAACAGAUCCAAAUGAGACCUUUAUUUCAAUUCUUACAUUUUCUACCCAUACUCAACAAACUGAAUAAUAUUUUACUCCUGUUGGCUAUGAAGUUUAAGUUAAUAAAUAUCUUAAAAAAAAAACUGAUAUUCGUUAAUAAAAUACAGUUUUGUUAACUGUUUUGUUUAAAAAAAAUAUGUAUAUAAAGAGUACGACUAUUUUAAAGAGUAUAGCUAUCUGUAAAUAUUUAUAUAUGUAUGACAUUUUGAUAUAUUACAAGCAAUCUAUCUAUAUAAGUGUGGGUGCGUGUGCUUGUGUGCGCGCGCGGGUGUGUAUAUGUGUUUACAAUCAUAUUAAAAUGUUUUUAACAAA